AUGAUAAAAUGACGAAACAUGAAAGGGUGUUUCAGAGCGAGGAUGUCGCGGCUGGUGCUAGCGCUCGUGGUGGCGGGUGCGUCCGCGCAGCUCACCCUGGACGGCGUGCGCUGCGGGCAGCUGCUGUGCCAGCAGGACCAGUACUGCUCGCCGGAGACCAACCGCUGCGCGCCCUGCAGCCUCAUCUGCAACACCACGCAUCACAACUACGACGCGGGCCUUUGUGUCAAGGAAUGCCAAGGUUACCUGUUGGAUCUACGGUACAUGCGUCGGUCACAGGGGCCAGAGUCCACUACAGAUUAUGACAGUGUGGAGCGGCAGGCGCGCGUGGCGCUGAUCCUCAGCGGCGUGGCGCUCGCCGUCCUGUUACUGGCCCUGGUGCUCAUCUGCCGCGCCAAAUUUUCCUGGCGGUAUAUUAAACAGAAGUUCCAGCCUACAAAGAAUCGAGUAAAGCAGUAUCCCGCGACGGGACUCACCCAUCACAACCCUCACGCGGAAAUGCCGAAGCCGAAACCAGAACUUAAAUUAGACAUACCGAAUCCUGAACCCCUAAAACGGCCGCAGCCCCUAAACGCGCGAGACCUAGAUACCAGGACCUCACAGACCGAGAAGAGCCAGGGGGCCACGACCCCCAAGACGAUGAGCACGGCGCUGAGCAACCGCCACCCCGCCGAGGACACCACCUUGGAUUUCUCAUACGACAAUAUGGCCAUGAACGUCACUCCUCCCGAGCGCGCCGCGGCCACUCACAAGUUCUAAUGCUCAGCGGUAGGCACCAGAUUCAACACUACUUAAUCUUUAACUAUUAAGAAUGUUUAGUAAUCUCUUUGUAUCAACAUACGACACGAAUCUGAGCGACUUUAGUCAUCAUCUACUUUAAAUCGUAGAUCCUUCGAUAGUUGCAACUUGCACCUAAUACGUACUUAGGUA